AGCAAGUGUGCGCAAAAGCAAGUCAGAAUUUGCUUGCGUUUGUUUUGUUCUUUCAAAAACGGGGACGCUCACAACCCGCGACAAUGAUUGGGUAACACGGAGUAGAAAGGAAAGAAGUAGAAGUCAACAACAACAACAAUCAAAUCCAUCAUCAUGAGCUCUAGUAGCCUGUGCACGAUAUGCUUGGACCCGUUGAUCCGUUACGAAUGUCCCAUGGUGGCGACGGUUCCUUGUGGACAUGCGUAUCACGAAGCCUGUCUCAAGAAAUGGUCUCUGGAACGCCUCAACAAGGACGACCCCGAAAUUCUGUGUCCGCUCUGCAAUACCGAUGUUCAAAAUGUCAUUCAAAUCUAUCUCUCCACUACCAGCACUACUACUGGAAGUAUGACAGACACUUCAUUGAGUGGCAAAGAACUGGAAGCAUGGAAGAAGGAAUACGACACGGAAGCCAAGGGAGAACGAUUACAGCUUCAUGCCAAAGUCUUGGAGUCCAACAAGAAGACCAUUGACGAAAUAUUCGAAAAACAAAAGAUUAUGGAAACGUACGAGAAUGAUCGCAAGGCACUCGAUGGCGCCAAGACGGAGAAUGCUCAAUUGCGACAGGAACUAUUCCAACAAAUCAUGAAACACGAAGCCGAAAUGAGACGCUUGUCACAAAACAAACAAAUCAUUACGCAAGUUCUAGAACGCAAUGAAAAGGCAUUGACUGAUCUAAAGGUGACGAGAGAAGAAAAUCUCGAUCUCAAACGAGAAUUACUCAAACACAUUAUGGGCAAACAACAGGAUAUGAAGCGAUUGGCAGCAUCCAAACAGGCGUUGUCGUCAGCACUGGAAGCGCAUGAAGAAACGUUGGGAGAACUCAAAGCGAGUCGAGAAGAAAGUUUGAGUCUGAAAAAGGAACUCGUCGAACAUUUGCAUCAUCACAAGAAUAAAAUGGAACAAUUGCAAACGCAUAAAGAAUCACUCCAUGAAAUUGUACUGGCGCACGGACACAAUGUCCAACAGUUGGACGUCAUUCGAAAGGAAAAUGGGCAACUCAAGGAAGAAUUGCUACGGUCCAUGAUGGCUCGCAAACAGGAAGCCACGAAAUUGGCCAAGUGCGAAGGAUGGAUUGAAGUCUUGAAAGAAGAAGUCGAAUCGUUUGAUGAAGAUAAAGAGACGCUGCAGAGGAUUCGCACGGAGAAUUACCGAUUGGGAACCAUUAUUCAGGAACGUCACAAGAGCUGGCUGCAAGCACGGAGAGAAUUGAACCAGACGGUUCACCAAAGUGCAAAUAACAAAAUGAGUCUGCUUCUUAUGAUUGGACAGGUGAGUGUACUGGGGCUAGCCAUUCACACAUUGUCGCCGAGAAGGUGAUAAUACAUGACAUUGUGAAUAAGGCACAAAAAAGGGCCCCGGACAGGACGAAACAAGAGGAUUCACGCGGAAUUCUGCUUUCGUCAGUCUUAUUAGUACACAAGCUUGGUUAAGUAUUAGUAAUGAAUGAAUGAUAGAUCUUUAUAGCUGCAUCGAUCGGCACCG